GCGGCGGGGCGGCGGCCGCGGCCCCCCGAGCCCUGGAAGCCCCGCCCCGCGCGGUCGCGCCCUCCGCCGGCUCCGCCUCUUCCCCUCCGGCCGCCGCCCCGCCCCGCGCCGCCAACCCAAACACCCGGCUCCCGCUGCGCGCGGCCGCGCGUGAUCGCCGGCGCCGCCUUGCCCCGCGCGCCAGAGCCUGCGCCGCCCGCCCCCGGCCCCGGGCCCGGCCUCGGCCGAGCGAUGCUGCUGCUGGCGGCCGCCUUCCUCGUGGCGUUCGUGCUGCUGCUCUACAUGGUGUCUCCGCUCAUCAGCCCCAAGCCGCUCGCCCUGCCCGGGGCGCAUGUGGUGGUUACAGGAGGUUCCAGUGGCAUCGGAAAGUGCAUUGCUAUCGAGUGCUACAGACAGGGAGCCUUUAUAACUCUGGUUGCGCGAAAUGAGGACAAGCUGUUGCAGGCAAAGAAAGAAAUCGAAAAACACUCUAUUAACGAUAAACAGGUGGUGCUUUGUAUAUCAGUUGAUGUAUCUCAAGACUAUAGCCAAGUAGAGAAUGUCAUAAAACAAGCACAGGAGAAACUGGGCCCAGUGGACAUGCUUGUAAACUGUGCAGGAAUGUCACUUGCAGGAAAAUUUGAAGAUCUUGAAGUUAGUACUUUUGAAAGACUGAUGAGCGUCAACUACCUGGGCAGCGUGUACCCCAGCCGCGCCGUGAUCACCACCAUGAAGGAGCGCCGCGUGGGCAGGAUCGUCUUCGUGUCUUCCCAGGCUGGGCAGUUGGGCUUAUUUGGUUUCACAGCCUACUCUUCGUCCAAGUUUGCCAUCAGGGGGUUGGCGGAGGCUUUGCAGAUGGAGGUGAAGCCGUAUAAUGUUUAUGUCACAGUUGCCUACCCACCAGACACAGACACCCCCGGGUUUGCAGAAGAAAACAAAACCAAGCCUUUGGAGACUCGUCUAAUUUCAGAGACCACAUCUAUUUGCAAACCAGAGCAAGUAGCCAAACAAAUUGUUAAAGAUGCCAUACAAGGAAAUUUCAACAGUUCCAUCGGCUCAGAUGGGUACAUGCUCUCAUCCCUGACCUGUGGAAUGGCUCCGGUAACUUCCAUCACUGAAGGGCUCCAGCAGGUGGUCACCAUGGGCCUCUUCCGCACAAUUGCUUUGUUUUACCUUGGAAGCUUCGACAGUAUAGUUCGUCGCUGCAUGAUGCAGAGAGCGAGAUCUGAAAUUGCAGACAAAACUGCCUAAUUCUUACCCCUUGGAAAAAGACUUUCUAAAUAAUUUGACCAGCUUGCUGCUAAAUGGGACGCAGUUUUUGGCCUGCAGACACUCAUGUCUUGCUUUCGAGUCUGUGAGAUUGGACCAGUGCUCUCCAGAAACCUGGCUGCAAGCAGAGGGUUAGACGUUCAACUCCAGACAAUAUUAUUAAUACUAUGCAAAUACGGAGCAGGAGACCACGUGAUUCUCCAGGCAGAGAGGUGAUGGUAAGAGAAUUCAUAGCAUGUGAGCAGGGUGAAGAACAGGAUUCCAGGGUGAUCACUGAAUUUUUUUUCUAUUUAUUCUUUUUUUUUCCCAGCAGAGAUCCUAUGUCCAGAAAUGUACUUUCUGAGCACUUUUUUAACCUUUCACGAAAGGCAGUUUAUGGGUUUCUGGGGCCUUCUUUUUUCUUUUUAACUUGGUGUAUUUUAUUCCAGAUGCAUUUCACCCAUUGCCACUGUGUCUGAGUCCAUAAUAACGUCCCUGACUCCCUCUGUUGUUGGUGGACCCUCUUGGCUUCUCUCUCUUUGAUCCCAUAAAACUCUAAGGGGGAUGAGAGAGGGUGAUGCAGUGGAACAAAGGCGACAAACAUUUUCCAGUAAGAAAAAAUGAUGCUUUCUUGUCUUCUUUAGACUCAAAUACUUUUCAUUUUUCAUUCACGGGGAAAGGCAGGCUCCUAAAAUGUUUUCAAGAGAAGUAAAAUCUUGGAAGCUUAAAAGUUUACAAUUUCUUCGAUGGCCAUGAUGACCUGAAGCUCACCCAUUCCAUUGUAAGUGUCUUAUUCUUCCCAUGUCUUCCUUCCAAUUUUGCUUAUACUGCUGUAAUAUUUUUCUAAAACACAGAGAAGACCAGUUUUUUUUUUUUGACUUGACUUUUUAAAUUAACAAAUUUAUUAAAGCAAACGAAAAAAUUAGAAAGCACGACCUUCGUCUCCUCGUAGCAUAUAUGUAGCCUUUAGGAGAGGCUGAUGAUAGCAUAUUUCAGUUUUAUUCAGUAAGGAAAAAAUGUAGGAUGACAAGGCCGAUGUUGAAGAUACUCGUUUUUGAAAUAAAACGAUCACCGCGUUCUUUCUGUGACUCUCCCACUGACCCUGAGAACAUCCUUUUUGUACCACGUUAAGAAAGCCUAGCCAUCAUUCUCACAGUAGAGACAUGGAAAUCCUGUUGGCCCCCAAGUGUUGUUUUCAGAUGCCAGGCUCCGAUGGUAUCACAUACCAUCCAUCCAUUGGUGGCUUUCCACAGCAGGUGCCUCUGAUGAGGUCUAGCCGCCAUCCACCGUUAACUGCUUCACUCAGUCAUUGUAUGUGCUCCUUCCACACGAGGACAGUCACCUCCAUUGUAACGCUGGGUCCCCUCCCCCUUGCAUACACAGCAAGUUUGUACAUUACCACGUUCCAAUUCCUUUCGGUGAGAAAAGACCACUGCUUUUGAAGAAGGAACUUUUUUUUUAUUGUUUAAAAAAACACAACUCUGCAAAAGAUAAAAGACCUAAAAACUAUUACAAACCUUUUUUUUUUGGUCUUGAGUUUUUGAACCUCUUGACUUAAAAAUGACUUGGGCUUCCUAGUGGCGCAGUGGUUAAAAAUCUGCCUGCCAAUGCAGAGGACAUGGGUUCGAUCCCUGCUCCAGGAAGAUCCCACAUGCCAUGGAGCAACUAAGCCCGUGUGCCAAAAAAAAAAAAAAAAAAAAUCCUUCUUAGUUCCAGUAUCAGAAGUAAACCUGAAUCCCCCAAACUUCCAGAAGAAAUCAAAAUACACUGACCUAUGUGCUUUAAGAUUAAAAUAUUUAGCUUACUUGCUGAUUAAAGUUUCAUUAAAAAAACAAAAUGACUUAAUUUUUACAAAGUAAGAUGUUUAAUGGCUUUAAUCUAUGGUGUCUUUUUAAAAGACAUGAGAAUGGCACAUUUUCAAACACUGACAAGACAGAAGAAAUUAUUAUUUAAUAUGUAAGUUGCUUGGGAUGACUUCAUUGCAGUUUAUGGGGGUGGGUUGAACCCAUAAUGGUUUCAUGAAUCUUUCAGCCUUAGAGAGCCAUCGUCUGCAAAGUCUGUUGAGUCAUAUCGGGCAGCCUCUAAGAGGGAGUAAUGGCUGUGUUUUCCUAAUUCCCAGAAAACAGAUACAAAUUAAUAGCGGGGUGUUUCUCAAUUUUAUUCGUUUCUCAUAAAUGUUUCUUGAAUGUUGGCACCUUCUACUGAUGGUCUAUAUUAAAAUCGAGUCCCAGAUGGUGCCUCAUUUAAUAAAAUUUACUAUUGUGCAGUAGUUAUUUCGAUAUGCAUUUCUCAAGGUAUCCUCAGAAAGAGCACUGUCACUCCAGGUCAUCUACUGCCUAAACAAAUCAAGAGCCCCUGUUCCACAGAGGGGGUCGGGGGGAGAUAUCCCCAACCCAAUUGAAGCUCAGGCAUGAGAGCAGAUUCGUGGAGAUUAUAGUGUCAGGGAAUGGACUUCUCUGUCAGAGAUGGCAAAGGUCUACAGUCUUGUAACCAAAAAGCUUUGAAAACUGAGGUAUUCCUUUUUUUCUUCCUAAAUUUGGUGCCAUAAUUGUUUGAUAGCAAAACCUGGCUUGAACUAACUUGAAAUUAUUAUCGUUUUUAUUUAUGCCACUGCAUGGGCUGUUCAUUAAUUUUUGUCUGAAGACAUACCAAUGGGUCUGACUUACAGGGACCGCCCCAGACUCUGUGGAGAUGUUUUGUAAUAUCCAGUAUAUGCCCCAUAUUACCUUUCCAAAAUUCAAAAAAAAAAAAGAUGAAUUCUGAAACACAUCUGGCCUGAAGGGUUUUGGAUGAGGGAUUGUAGACACUUAAGCAGCAUCAUGUAAUGAUCUGGCUUCAUCCAAAACAUGAAAAUAUUACAAGGCAAAUUCUAUUUUUUAAAUCUUUUUUGGCUCAGUUAUUGUACAACCUUUUUUUUUUUUUUUUUUUAACUGACUUACUUUUUUGCUCAGGGGAAGAAAAGAAAGCCUGAGUCAGAUUGUUAGGGAAACUAUUGGCUUUUUUUUUUUUUUAAAGGACCGCAUUGAUUCAACACUUUCUAUUGUACCCAGAAGUGGGUAAGUCCUACUUGUGGCAAAAGAAGUUUAAUCAUAAUUCUGUUGAAAUGUGAGUUCUCUCUAUGUGACCAACAAUAGCUUAUUAUGUGAGUUUCAGUUCUGAAGUGCCUGCCUCUGCUAGGUUGGGUUGUACUGUUUGCUUGUAAUAUAUCUGUGAGUAUAUUUAUUUUAAAAUGCUUAAUGUUAUUCAGCCAUAGAAAUUCCAAAAUACGUUCAAGGACCCUUUAUCAUUGAAAAAGGUAUAAAAAACAAUUCUCACUUAUUUUUGCAAAAACAAAGUCAAGAGAGUUGUUCUUGUCUAUAUAUUUUAAAAUUUAAUUUUCACAGCUGAAAAAAGAAGAAAUUAAAAAUGCUGUUAGUGAUGGCCCCUUUACAUGAACACUUUUAUAUAUUUAAUUAUUAGUCUCUGUUUGGAUCUGUUAAACCAUAUAUUGUUGAUCCUUGGAAGUGAAAAUUUGAGAGACCAUUUCUAAUGUUCAGAUGACAGAAGCAUUUUGAUAAUAGUUGCUUGGAUUCAAAGAAUUGUAUGUCUUUGUCUUUCUAGAAGUCGUCAAUACCAUAAUGAUUUUUUUGUUUGUUUGUUUUACUGAAUUGUAUCAUCAACAGAUUUAAUUUUAUUGCAUCAUAUUCCAAUUUAAACAUGUCUUAAAUCACUUGAGGACACUUAAAUAGUCAUACUUUUUGACAUGAAAUGUUUUGAAUCAUUCUCAUUUCCUUAAGUUCUUAGUGACUCAGCUUUGAAAAAAUACCUACUAACCAUAACCUUCCAUAUUCUGGACUAAAUCUUGUUUAGUUCAGAGCAGUGAUGGCAGAUUUGGUAUUUUGAAGAGGAGAUAAUAGCUACUAUAUUUUACACUUGCUUGAUGUGACAACUCUUAAAGACAUUUUUAAACUGAUAAGAGUGCAUAUGGCUAUUUUGAUAUAUAUUAGAACCUGUGUUUGCUACUGUAGAAGCUUUUGUGGCAGAAUUAUAACCUAAUUUUCAUAUCUUGUAUUUCUGAAUCACAACAAGAAAUAAAUGGGGAACAUGCUUUACAGAUUUGAAAACUUAUUUUUUAGAAAUGUGCAUUUUUUAAAAGAGAUGUUUAAGCAAAACACAAACCUCUUUCAUAACGUUAUACUAACCUUGCAUCUUAAACACUUGACCAGGUUUGAUAUUUUAUCAUUUUUUAGGAAGUAAUGUUUUCACAGUAAGUAUUUGGUAUUCUGGGCCCUUGUUUCAAAUAUGUUUUGUUUGUUUGACUCUGAUGUGGGAUAUAUGAGUCAGAAAUGUGGAAUUUAAGAAAAUUUAUUAAGUGAUUAUGUUUCAUACACAAACUGAUUUCCCAUACUUUAAAUCUUCAUAUUCCAACCAUGAAAUAUCUCCUCAACUCUGAAGGGCAUAGAAGAGAGAUAUGGGAAAGAACACGCCUUAAUAUUUCUCGGUCCUUAAAUAGAAAAAUUUUGGUCACGUUGACAAGAGAUGCCUUGGAUGUCAGUUGGCAAACUUAACCUUUCUUUAAAUUUGAGCAACUUCUAUAUGUAAAUAGCACAGGAUAUCGCCUCUAUAAUUUUUUAUGUUUGGACGUUUAAAAAGAAAAGUAUUUCUUGACUUCUGUUCCACUCCUGAUUUUAUCCACCCCAUUUUCCCUCAUUCAACAUGUAUUUAUUGAGUGCCUGUGACGAGCUCGGUAUCCAGGCGCCCGGGAUACAACUUUGCAUAAACAAUCUGUCCCUCUCUCCUGGCGAUUACAUUUCUGAUUUAUUUCCCUCCCCACUUCUUCACCCCUCUGAAGCCUCUUACAAGUCUUCCGGGAGGACGGGGAACCACUCCCCAUUCCUUCCUGCAGGCCUCUGAAUUUUAUGCCACAAUUAUUUGAAUGCCAGGCACUAUUCUAGGCUGGGAAUGCACAAAGGGAAAAUAUGGUCCCUGCCCUCAAAUAGUUUAUAAUCUAGGGAGAAAAACAUAUGUCAGAAAUUACAUGGUGAUCCAACAAUAGCUACGAUUAAAGUAUCGUAACAUUUGAAAACGUAACCCGUGCUAGUCGCUGUUGUGAGUGCUUUGUGUGUAACUCAUUUACAACAUCUACUGACCCUACCAGUGGUACCUUCAUAUCCCCAUGUUAUAAAUGAGGGCACAGGCACAGAGAGGUUAAGUAGCUAGGCCAAGGUCACAGCUGCCAAGCAGUGAAGCCAUGAUCCAAACCAGUUUCCUGUCUUGGAAGCUCCCAGCCUCCAUAGGAAACCUCUUCUCGUGGCACAAAUGGAAUCCGAGGGCUGCCGGGGAUAGUUGGGGAUGGGCUCACAGGGGAGGAAGUUGUUGAGAUAAAUCUUGAGGAAUUAGUAUGAAUUUUCCACAGGAAAGUUGGGUUCCUUUCAGGGAGAUGAGCAAAUGUGCAAAGGCAAAAGACGCGAGAGGUCUUGGCGUAUUCCAGAGAACACAUAGAGGUAAGGUAGCUACGAGAAGGGAAAGUGGAAGGACUGGGUGGGCAACCAGGGGGUAGGCUUGGGCCACAUCAUCCCAUGUGGAGGAGUUGAGGUUUCGGUCUCUGAAGACCUUUGAGCAGAAAUAUGAAAUGGCUAGAUUUAGAAAGAUCAUGGUUACCUUUGAAAUUCAGGGGUGGCUGAGCCCUUGGGCCUUGGAAUAAACAUUCCUUAUUAGUUUGGAAAAAACCAUCUUAGAUACCUAUUGGUAUGGGUUGAGUUGUGUGUCUUUAAAAGAUGCUGAUGUCCUAAUCCCCAGUACCUGUGGACGUGACCUUAUUUGGGAAUGGGGUCUUCAUAGAUGUAACGAAGUUAAGAAGAGCUUAUUAGGGUCCUAAUCCAGUAUGACUGGUGACCUCAUAAAAAUAGGAGAAAACAGAAAUGCAUAGGGAGAACGCCGUGGGAGGACAGUGGUAUACGUCAGAGUGAUGCAGUGGCAAGCCAAGGAUUGCCAGCCCCCAACAAAAGCUAGAAAGAGGUAAGGAGAGAUUUUCCCUAGAGACUUCAGAGGGAGCAUGGCCCUACUAACACCUUGAUUUUCGACUUUGAGCCUCCAGAACUGUGGGAGAGUAAAUUUCCUCUUUAAUAAGCCACCCAGUUUGUGGUACUUUGUUACUGCAGCCCAAGAUAACAAACAUAUUUACCUUGAUUUUUCUAAAUGUGUUCAUAAGCAGUUAAUGUGUGGGAGAUAACUGUGCUCUGUGCUAAAGAGCAUAAGAGAAUAAACAUUAGUUAUCACACAUAAGAAUGUAAAUUCUUUACCUAUUUCCCCUCAAUCCUAUGGUGUUUCAUGUCAAUCCAACAAGAGCAGGAAGCAUUUGAAAAGUAUAAGGCAAGUUCCUAAUCUCAAUUUAUUCACUUUAAAUGCCAAGUCAUUAGUUUGAAAGGAAAAAAUUGCCACAAGUGAAUUCAUUGUGCUUUCCUUUGUAAACCAAAAGUAAACAUUAUUUGCAGGCUGUUAAACUUGUGCAACAGAAUGACAUAUCUACACUUUGUUGCCUGGUUUCAGCAGUUGUUGCUUAAUUAUUCCAAACAUUUUU